AUGACUACGAGAUCUCCUUGGAAGCGUCUACUAUGGUUAAAACAGGAGUAUCCAGAUAACUAUACGGAUCCAAGUUUCAUUGAUCUAAGAGCAAGACAAAAGAUCGAUAGUACCAAGAAGUCUGAUAGAAAAUUAUCAGAAGCCGCACGUUCUCGGAUUAGAUUGGAUUUCAUAAGUUUCUACCAAACCGUAUUGAACACUUCUUUCAUUUACAUUACUUUUACAUAUGUUUAUUAUUAUGGUUGUAAUCCUAUUCCGCCGACUAUUUUCCUUUCAUUCAUAACAUUAAUAAUGUCAAGGACGAAAGUUGACCCUUCAUUAUCGUCAUUCAUGAACAUUAAAUCUUCAUUAAUCAUCACAUUUGCAAUGUUAACCCUUUCUCCAGUCCUUAAGUCUCUUUCUAAGACAACUGCAUCUGAUUCCAUAUGGACAUUGUCCUUUUGGCUAACCCUAUGGUACGUUUUUGUGAUUUCGUCGACAACCUCCAAGCAUAAACCCUCAAACCUUUCCACCAAUAUACUCGUUGCCCUUGUUGCCGUAUUAUCAUCAAGGCUGUCAACUACAAUCGACGUAUUUUGUUUUCUUUUAAUUUCUAUUCAAUUGAAUAUCAUUCUACCCACUUAUUUAUCGGUGACAAGUAAGGUAGUACCAAUAAUUACGAAUGUCAUUGUAUACUCUUUUUUGAACGUGACGCUUGGUUGGAUUUACAUGUUGAUGAUUUUCUUUGUUUCUGUAUUUUAUAUUACUGUUCUACCCAAGUGGUUUAUUUACUGGAAAAUCAACUAUCAUAAACGAGAUAACGAUUUAUUAAGUACGUGGGAUGCAAGAACUCCAAUUCUAGAUUAG